UUCGAAGAUACUCAGAAUGUAAAUGUGGCGGUUGGUGGGAUACUAUUUUUGGUAGAGUAAAUAAGAUUUUAGUGCCAAGUGUUUUUAGAUAACAAACAAAAUUAUUAUUUCUUAUGAUGAAUUAUUGGAAGUGAGUGUGUAUUGCAUUGGGCAAACAUAUAAAACGGUACACAGGUGUACACUUGUCAAGAGAACCGGUAAAAAUGAGCGUUACUGCUAGCAAACCAUCGUCGGAUGCUGAAAAUCCACCUGAACUGCGAAUUCUUUGCUUCGAUCUGACCCAUUACAAUGGUACCACACAGUUUCUUUUAAGCUGCGCGGGUGUCUUCGUGCUAUACCUUAUUUACGGAUAUCUGCAGGAGCUCAUUUUCACUGUGGAUGGUUUCAAGCCGUACGGCUGGUUUCUCACACUCAUUCAGUUCGGGUAUUAUAUCUGCUUCGGUGUGAUUGAGCGAGAUUUGGAGGCGAGGCGCAGGAGACAGCUUUUACCUGGUGGCAAUGUUGAAGCUGCACAUCGUCGCAUACCAAUGCGCACUUAUUUUCUACUUGCCGCCUUAACACUCGGCACUAUGGGACUGUCCAACUCUAGUUUAGGCUACCUAAACUAUCCGACUCAAGUGAUCUUUAAAUGUUGCAAAUUAAUUCCGGUGUUGGUGGGCAGCAUUUUGAUACAGGGAAAACGUUAUGGAUUCCUGGAUUUCGCAGCUGCAAUUGCAAUGUGCAUUGGAUUAGCUUGGUUCACGCUCGCUGACUCGCAAGUGUCGCCGAAUUUCAAUCUUACGGGUGUAGGGAUGAUAUCAGCGGCUUUGUUGUGUGAUGCAGCUAUUGGAAAUGUGCAAGAAAAAGCGAUGCGCGAAUGCCAUGCACCCAGCAGUGAAGUGGUGCUCUACUCCUAUGGAUUGGGUUUCAUAUAUUUGUUUGUGAUACUGAUGUUGACAGGAAACUUUUUCAGCGGUUUUGCCUUCUGCCUAGAGCACGUUUUGGAAACAUUCGGUUAUGGCUUCUUAUUCAGCUUAUCUGGUUACCUGGGCAUACAGUUUGUAUUGGCUUUGGUGCGUAGCUGUGGUGCCCCGGUGGCUGCUACCGUCACAACAGCACGUAAAGCAGUAACUAUUGCUUUAUCGUUUGUUUUCUUUAGCAAACCUUUCACGUGGCAAUACUUGUGGUCAGGUUUAGUUGUUGUAUUGGGCAUAUAUUUAAAUGUUUACAGCAAAAAACACAAAAUGACCGUACGAGAUCUGCAGCAAAAAUUCAAGCAUGCACUUAACAUCUUCCGUGGAUGGGAAAGAUCAACAAGUCGCAAGUUUUUGGUGGAAGUUUAGAUGUGUAGAAUUAAUUUCCCAUAUACAUUUUGUAUAUGUACCUAUAACGUUGUGUAUACCAAAAUUAGUGUAAAUAUAUGAAGUAAGUCAUUAGAGUUGAAAUCAAUAGUUCGCUAGGUUAUAGUUCUACUAUAAUGAAUUUAUGCAAGUUAUUUUCUUGUGACUUAAGUUUGACCCACUAAUUGCAAGGUACCUUUUUAGUAAUUUAGUAGUCCUCCCAAAUUUACAUAAGGUAUAUCAUGGAAUGGAAUCGAAUGGAUUUGUGCGUGACUACCAUUCAGUAGUGUCCAGGUUCGAAUGUCGCUGUGGUAACGAAAUAUGAAAUGAUAGAAAAGGUUUUUCUAAUAGCGUUUGCUCCUCGGCCAGUAAUGCAAACCUCCGAAUGUAUAUCUGGCAUGAAAAGACUUGUCAACAAAAAUUAUCUGUCGUUCGGAGUCGGCUUGACACAAAACUGUAGGUACCUCUAUUUGUGGAAGAACAUUAAGGAGCUUAUAUACAGUUAGAAGGCCGAAAAAAAACUAAUUUUCCACAAUUUUUUCUGAGAAAACUUUUAAAUCUAUUGAUAUAAAAAUUUGUACACAUAUUAUGUUAUCUUUCAACUGUAUAUUAAAACUUUUUCCUUUUCCACUCCACUCGGGAGCAUAGGGCCUCGACAAGACUCAAUCUUGCGUUGGUUUCGUUAAUUUGUUUUGAUUUCUGACAGGGUAGGUGAUUAGCCUGCCGCUCCGUUAAAACUUAGUAUUAGUAAAAAUAUUUGUUUGGAAAGCAGCUACAGCUGUUCUUCGGGAACUCAAACUCACAAAAAAGAUAAUUUCUGUGACUACUAUAUCUCUGAACUGGAUCCUCUGAAAGUAAAAACGAAAGAGAUUUAGUUAUAUUUUAAUAUUAAAUCUAGUAAUUAAUCGAAGGAAUAAGCAAAUCAAUUUUUUUUUGACAAAAUGGCGGAUUCUC